AUGUCCCGUUUACGAUCCGACACAUUCAUCAAGCCGGGCUCCGAAAGCAGCUUCGAUAGUGAAGAUUUGAACUCGAGAAGGUACAGACAAGAGUUAGAGAGUUAUUGUUGCUGCUCAAACGUAUCUGCAACGAGAGUUUUGAUUGUGUCUGCAAUUCUUAGUAUCAUUCAAGCGAUCGCACACUUUGUUCUCCUUCUACAUGACUGCGACCUCAAAAUGAUAGAUAUGGCAAUAGCCACGUGGCCAGUGGUUACUGUAACCAUAUCUCUAGUGUUCACCUAUUUUGCAUACGACACCCAUAGCUCCACUUCUAUAAAACCUUACAUCGCUCACCAUAUCCAACUUGCGAUUUGCUAUUGCCUAUGUAUGGUUUUAUUUGCCAUGUUCACAUGCAACAUUCAAAUCUUCAUGGAUAUCCUCGCAUUUUGUUCCAACUACUCCACAUUAUUCUCUCACCUUCAGGAGACAGAAAGUGAGCGGAAACUAAAAAUGGCUGGAUUCUUAUCAUCUCAACUACUGAUAAGUUUCUUCUGCUUGCAUCUCUCUGGCCCGUUGUUCUCAUGGCUUGAUACGGAGAAAAAGUAUGUUAGCACUGACGGAACUGAAGUCAUUUAG